AUGACCACUCCAAUCUUCAUCAUCGCUUUCUUAGCCACUCCACUGUUAGCUGGAAGUCUUCCCCCGGUGUCCGUCCCGUCAGUCACUCUUCCAACUGUUACCCCGAAGAUUCCAAUUCCGAAUGUGAAUGGAACUUGUAAAUGCCCGCUUAUUCCAGAUCUUCAAGUAUUAGAUUGCAUCUUGGAUUUCAUCAGCCACGUGAACAUCUUGACGAAGACUGUGGAGACUGUGAACGGAACACAAUUCAACAAAUACACCAUCCAACACUUAGAGAUCCUUAAGGGUGGACUUGAGCUUCCCUCGGUUGUCCUCGUUCCAAUGGGUCCAUGUGGAUUGGAAUUGGAGGAUUUGGUGUGCCAACUCCUCGAGGGAUUGAUCGAGCCACUUCUUGGGAAGCUUCUUGUUGUCCUUCCCGGUCUUGAUGCUCUUGGUGGUUUGGGUGGAUUGACUGGCGGAGUUGGAGGUCUUACUGGAGUUGUUGGUGGGCUCACCAAUGGAUUGGGCCUCGGUGACUUACUCGGUGGAUUG